GACAACAAUCAUCUAAUAAACCAUCUUUCAAUAAUACAAAUGACCUUCGAAAAUCUAUGUAUAAAGAACAAUCUACUUCUUUUACGAAACGUUUAAGGAGAGUAUUUAGUUUAAGUAAUAUUAAACAAGAUGGUGCUACACAAAUUAUUUCAUCGACCUCAAAUCCAAGUUCACCAUCGCCUCUAAGUUCUCCUCCCAUUACUCCUAAAUUUUCUUCUCUUCGAGUAAAAGGAAAGAAUCAUAUAGAUAAUUUAGAUGUGAAUAAUAAAGAUAAUAAUAUAAAGCAAACUACUAAGAAUAGCAAUGUUGAUAAAGAUAUAUCUAAAAAAGAUAUCGAUGUUGCAACAAAUAAUAAUAAUAAUAUUGGUUCAACUUCUUCAUCAAACUCUCGCCGUCGUACAUUUAUGGAUCUUCAGUCAUUAUUCGCAAAGAAUGAUAAGAAACAGCACAAAGAACCUAAACAUCAGCAUCAAUCUUCACAACAAGAACGACAGCGACAAUUUCGAACUUCAUCUUCAGACCGAUGCCCUAGCCAAAAAAAGCGAUCUGAUGAUAAAAAUCGUAAUUCCAAGGACGGAACUGAUAAAGAACGUACCUCUAUAGAAAUUUUCAAAAAGG